AUGAAUAUCCUUAAACUUAUAACUUUCUUCCUGUCUUCCCAAAUUUAUGGGAUUUUUGAUUUCCUUGAAAUAGAUACCUCAGCUCUUACCAGUCAGAGCUCUUUUGAGUGCCUAAUAAAACAAGGAUAUUCCGGUACAAUACUUCGAGGAUAUACAUCUUAUGGUGCUGUAGAUCCAAAUGUAGUUUCUAGCAUGAAAAAUGCUUUAGCUGCAGGGAUGUAUCUUGUAGAUGUUUAUAUGUUUCCUUGUGUACCUUGUGGAAAUCCAUCAGGCCAAGUACAAGAAUUAUGGGAUGCAAUUAGCUCACUUGUACCACUGCAUAGAAGUCUUAAUAUAUGAGUCCAAGUAACUCAAUAUGCAUGAAAUAAAAGUCAAAGCUAUAAUCAAUCUUUUAUUUUAUCAAUGAUGAGCAAAAUUUCACAAACUGGAAAUAUUCCUGGAGUCUAUACAUCUAUUCUGGACUGAAAUGCCAUUGUAGGCGCAUCUUGGACAGGAGCCAAAAACUUCUUUUUAUGGAACAUUCAGCAUGAUGACAAGCCUAAUACGAACAGUUGGCAACCUUUUGGAGGUUUUACUACAGUCACCUUAAAGCAAUAUACAGGAACAAUCAAUUUAUGUAACACCACAGUUAAUAAAGAUUAUUAUCCUCUUGAUUCAUAA